AUGUGGGCCUUAGGUUCUGUUCCUGUUGGAAAUCUGAGGAAAUGGCUGAAUGCCAGAUUUUUGAAUGGCCAAGGACUUUGCUUUCCUUCAACUAUAAUUGGAGGAGCAGCGCAGAAAGCUUGGGAACCCAAUCUAUCAUCCUCUGAGGGGACGAGGCUGAUGAGCCCUACCUCUUCCUAUCAAUCUAUCUAUUCUAGCGGAAUAAGAAAGAGUGACCACCAAGAUAUGCAACAGGACAUGGCUGCCCAAGCUGCACUAUGCACCCUUUGUAAAGGGAUCACGGUAAAGGAUUGUGGAAAACACCAAGAAGAGGGCAUGGAAAUACUUCCCAAAUACUGGAAGAAGCUGUGGGAGAGAUGGGAUAUACGGUGCUUCAUUCUCUUAAGCCUCUCACUGCAAACUUUCUUAAUUCUCUUCUCUCCCUUGAGAAAGCGAGUGUCCAGAUUUUGGAUAAUCACGCCGGUCUGGGUGGCAUACUUGCUUGCAGAUUGGGCUGCUAGCUUUGCAGUGGGAAUCAUCUCCAACAGCCAAGGCAAGAAGCCUGGUUCUGAUGAUAACAAUGCUGACCUUCUGGCAUUUUGGGCUCCCUUUCUUCUGGUGCACCUUGGUGGCCCGGAUCCUAUAACUGCUUUCGCUUUGGAGGAUAAUGAGCUGUGGCUGAGGCAUCUGUUUGGGUUGGUAGCGCAGUGUGUGGCUGCAGUCUAUGUCUUCUUUCAAUCACUUCCCAAAAACAAGAUAUGGAUCCCCACAACGCUCAUGUUUUUCGCGGGAGUUAUCAAGUACUCUGAGCGGACGCGGGCACUGUAUCUUGCAAGCAUGGGUAGGUUCCGAGACUCCAUGAAUCGAAAGCCUGACCCUGGGCCAAACUAUGCCAAGCUCAUGUAUGAAUACUCCUCCAUGAAAGAGGCCAGGCUACCAACUAAGAUAGAAAUGCUUCCAGAACCUCAUAGAGUAACCAAAGCUGUCAAUAAAGUCGAAGGUUCAUUGACAGAUUUGGAUGUGGUGCACCAUGCUUACAGAUUUUUCGAAACUUUCAAGGGGCUUGUUGUUGAUCUCAUAUUCAGCUUCCGUGAACGCAACCUAAGCCGGGACUUCUUCCUCGAGAGAUCAGCAAAAGAUGCUUUUAAAGUGGUAGAGGUUGAACUCAAUUUCAUCUAUGAAGUCCUCUACACCAAGGUCAGUGUGGUGCAUAGUACAUUAGGAUUCAUAUUCCGGUUUAUUUCAUUCUGUUCAGUUGUUGUAGCCCUUGUACUUUUCUAUUCCCAAAAAAAGGACACUUUCAAUGAGUUUGAUGUAGUGAUUACUUACACCCUUCUAUUUGGUGCCAUUGCCUUGGAUGCAAUUGCUCUCCUCAUGGUUAUUUUCUCCGAUAGAACUGUGGUUGCACUGUAUAACAAAUUCCCAAAAAAGUCUUGUUUUGGUUGGCCAUUGCAAUUCAAGAGACGCAGGUGGUCUGAGUCUAUUUCAACUUACAACUUGAUAUAUUACUGUUUGCAUCCACGCCCGGAAGUAAAGGACAAAUUGGUUGGCUAUUUUGGCCUUAGUAACUUUCUCGAUAGGUUGAAAUAUGUGAGAAGCAAGCCAUUCACUUGUGAAUUAAGAGACCACAUCUUUAAUGAGCUGCAAACAAAAUCUGAGAUGGCAGAUGAUUUAGAAACUGCCAAGGAGAUAUGUUCAUCCAGAGGUGAUUGGAUUCUUCGGGUCGAAAAUUGCAGCAACUUCUUCCCUUGGAUCCUUGAGGUCGACUAUGAUCAGAGCCUUCUUUUGUGGCACAUUGCCACCGAACUCUGCUAUAAUAUUGAUGAAGGCAGUGAUACAAACAAGGAUCCAAAGAAAGAUUUUCGUGAAAUUUCCAAGCUCCUCUCAGAUUACAUGCUGUAUCUUCUAGUUAUGGAGCCUACUAUGAUGUCUGCAGUGGCAGGUAUUGGGCAAAUAAGAUUCCGAGAUACCUGCGCCGAGGCCAAGAAGUUCUUUCAACAAGGAAAGCCAGGAAGGAGACAGAGAGAGGCAAAUAACUGUGACGUUAUCAUUUACGUAAUUUCUUGUUUUUUCAAGUAUCUUCUUCUAUUUUUUAUUUUUCCUGCCAUUCUAAUUUUCCAAGCUGUUAAGAAACACAUUAUUGGAGGAAAAGCAGACCAGGGACAGGUACAGACAAAAGCCGACCGAUUUUAUCUCCAAGUCGUUGAAUUCUUCGGAAAAGGGAAAUCAGAUUGGGAAAAAGAACAGAAAGAGGCCUGCAGAAAGAUCCUUGAUGUUAAUACAGAAGUAAACCCUGUUGCUGUCAAGGGGGAUAGAAGCAAAUCUGUGUUGUUCGACGCAUGCAUCCUGGCCAAAGAAUUGCAGAAGUUCAAAGAUAAAGACAAAUGGGAAAUAAUGAGCAAAGUUUGGGUGGAGAUGCUGUCUUAUGCUGCCUGUCAUUGCAGAGCAAAUGCGCACGCUGCACAACUGAGCAGUGGUGGACAGCUUAUCACUGUGGUGUGGUUAUUGAUGGCUCAUCUUGGCUUGGGUGAUCAGUUCCAAAUAAAUGAAGGCAAUGCAAGAGCUAAACUAAUUGUGGGGAAGUAGCUGAUCAAACUUUAUGUUGUAAUAAUGUAUUGGUGUAUGUCCUUUUCUUGUACUCUGUCUUGGACAGUUUGAUCGAGUCCUAUUAUCUAUCGUUUGAAUGAGAGGUGCUAUGCUUUUCAGUGUGUACUCUUUGGCCUUGCUCUUUCAAAUUUUGUUUCAGUUUUCAAAACAGACAAG